UUCUGUUUGGUGUCGCUUUUCAUUCGGUUUUUUAUUCUUCUGAAAAGUUGUUUCCGCUUCCCUUUGGUAUUGAGAUUUCUUGAUCAAUUAUAUUGCCUGUAAAUUUUAUGAAGUUAUAAUUAAUCUAAUUGCUAUUAAAUUUAAUUUAAAAUGGUUGUAACUAAGACCAAAGUUAAAACCGAAGGCGCUGCCACUGCUCUUACAAAAAAGGCACCAAGUAAAUCUAAAGUAGCCUCUAAAGGUGGUAAAAAGAAGAGGGUACAAUGUAAAUUUAUCUUGGACUGUAGUAGACCACAAGAAGAUGGUAUUCUUAAUGCUACCGAUUUCGAAAAAUAUCUUCAUGAAAGAAUCAAAGUUAAUGGUAAAACUGGUAACUUACAAAACAGCGUGGUCAUUGAAAGGAAUAAAUCCAAGAUUAUUGUAACAACCGAGAUCCCAUUUUCUAAACGUUAUCUCAAAUAUUUGUCUAAAAAGUAUUUGAAGAAAAAUAAUCUUAGAGAUUGGUUAAGAGUAGUUUCUUCUGCUAAGGAUACGUAUGAACUUAAAUACUUCCAAAUUAAUAACGAAGAAGAUGAAGAAGAAGCAGCUUAACCACCAGGAAAUCCCUAAGACAUCUUGUAAUUGGUAAUAAAGUUAAAUUGAUACCAUCAAAUGAA